AUGCCUUCUACGAUAGACUCAUUGUCUGCUCGUGAAGUAGCUGACAUUCAUUACAUUUACGGGUUUUGUGAUGGCAACGCUCACGCCGCCUCUCGAGAGUAUCAUCAGCGAUUCCCGACAAGACCUGCCGUUGACUACAGGGUUUUCUUAGCAGUACAUCGAGAAUUAAGUGAAAAUGGACUGCAUCGCCCACAUCGUGAACGUGCUUCUACUGUACCGGUGGAUGUGGAUGAACAAGUGUUGCGUUUGGUGUACCAAGACCCCACAAUUAGUACUCGACGAAUAGCACUCCAAUUGGGGAUUAAUCACGUCCAAGUGUGGAAAAUUUUGAAAAAGGAAUGUUUGUACCCUUUUUAUUUUCGAAGAGUGCAGAAUUUGCACGAGCCAGAUUACGUCGGAAGAAGUGUUUUCUGUUCGUGGCUAUUGCGGCAAAGACGAUUAGUCCCGAAAUUCUGUGACCGUAUUUUGUGGACCGAUGAGGCAAAUUUUAACAGAACUGGAAUCACAAAUUUUCGAAACCUUCACUUGUGGAUGCCGGAGGAAAAAAAUCCCUUAGCAGUUCGGCCAGCGUCCUUUCAAAUCGAAUUUUCGAUUAAUGUUUGGGCUGGAAUGAUAAGUGAUUACUUAAUCGGACCAUUUAUUCUUCCGUCAAGGUUGACAGGCCCAGCUUACCUAACAUUUCUACAAGAAGAGUUACCUGACCUGAUGAGUGAUGUGGAUCUACAAACAAAGAGGAAGAUGUGGUUUCAGCAUGACGGCGCUCCAGCUCACUUCAGCACCAUCGUGCGUGAUUAUUUAAACGAACUAUACGGAGACAGAUGGAUUGGACGAGGCGGACCAGUAGCGUGGCCGGCACGAAGCCCUGAUAUGACCCCCCUAGAUUUUUUUUUGUGGGGCCACAUGAAACAGAUUGUGUACAGUACUCCAAUUAGUACAAGAGAAGAAUUGUUACAAAAAGUAAUGGCUGCGGCUAGUCAAAUAAAAGAAAAUCGUACUGUAUUAAAAAAAACAGUACGCAGUGUGGCAUUACGUACAACUGUAUGUAUGGAUGAAAAUGGUGGUCAUUUUGAAAAUUUAAUAAAUUAA